CAGAGCGCCUCAGCUGCAUUAUUACUCUAAACAUGGCGCUGUCUAGUCUAUUGAGGAGUGAGUCUGCGAAUUUCUCUGAUCAGUUUGAUUACUCUUUCGUUCACGGCUGCGGCCUCAACCAGACGGAUCUGGGCUUCGGAGCGGCGCUUGGAGACAGCGCGAAUUUCGCCGUGAAACCGCUGGGUGAUGCCGACGAACCGGAGAGAAAAAUCGAAUUUCUACACGGAACGACCACCUUAGCAUUCAAAUUUCAGCAUGGCGUCAUUGUGGCUGUGGAUUCCAGAGCGACCGCUGGUUCCUACAUUGCUUCUCAGACGGUAAAGAAGGUAAUUGAGAUCAACCCGUACCUGCUCGGCACAAUGGCUGGAGGAGCUGCAGACUGCAGCUUCUGGGAGCGUCUGCUGGCCAGGCAGUGCCGCAUCUAUGAGCUGCGCAACAAAGAGCGCAUUUCAGUGGCAGCUGCCUCCAAGCUGUUGGCCAACAUGGUGUAUCAGUACAAAGGAAUGGGUCUCAGUAUGGGUACAAUGGUGUGUGGCUGGGACAAGAGAGGGCCAGGACUCUACUAUGUGGACUCGGAGGGCAACCGCGUGUGUGGAGACCUCUUCGCGGUGGGCUCGGGCUCCAUGUACGCCUACGGUGUGGUUGACAGCGGCCUUCGCUACGACCUGACUGUGGAGGAAGCUUGCGACCUGGGCCGCCGCGCCAUUUACCAAGCCACCUAUCGCGAUGCCUAUAGCGGAGGCCAAGUUAACCUCUACCAUGUCCAUAGCGACGGAUGGGAGAGGGUUUCUCAGGACGACGUGCUUCAGCUGCACCUUAAAUAUCAGAGCGAGAAAGUGUAGAUGGAGGGGCUGAGUGGAGGGGGCGGGGUUUGGCAAGAGUAGAGAGGGAUUAAAAGCAUUUGUCAAUCUUUAAUGGAAUAUAUUUGGUAGAAUAACACUCUUCAAAGGAAGUUAAUGCCAGCUUUGUCGAAGCUGGUUCAUGUGUACAUGAGAAUGUGAGCAAAGCUCUCUCUCGCUCUCUUUCUACUUGCUCCGUCAGCAACAGAACCGAAGUAAAAUCAGUUUCCGUUAUGUUUUUUUCUCAUAAAUGUUAUUUGUUAGUUAUCAACGACAGUUUCAGUAGUAUUACAGUCUCGGCCAUAGGUAUGAAAUUACACUCAUUGUUUUUGAAAGUAAGGGGACACUGUAUCCCAGUGGACACGUGACAAGCCAAAACUCCAGUUGGCCGGCUCUCAUUGAGUGGGAGUGGGCUUCUGUUCUUAUCACACAUGUAUCUGCAGUUUCCACACUUACUAAACCUACUCUCAAUAAAUCUUGGAUUUUUGCUAAGUGGUUUGUUUAUUU